AUGACAAGUAAAAGAACUAAGAGCCGAAGAGUGAGGGAGGAACUAGAAUUUUUAUCUGAUGUUGAAGACAAUGAAUCUUCUAAUAUAUUAACAGAUAUAGAAUCUGAUAUUGAAGACAAUGAAUCAUCUAAUUUAUUAACAGAUGCUGAAUCUCAUAUUUUAACGUCUGUUGUUAAUACAAAUAACAGUGUAGAGCAUAUUAUUACUGAAGUACUUAAAGAAGAUAACUUAAAUAUAGAAAACAUUUCAUCAGAAGUAUGCAUUUAUUGUACAAUUUCAUAA